CUAAGUGGACGUACGCAAAUACCACUUUGACACAUAGCCCAGAUGGAACAGUAACGAUGGAAUACCACUUGGUUGUGUUUACUGUAAUAUUGCAGUUAACCUUCCAGACAGGGACCUCCAGCCUCACCAUCUCCCCGGACGGCCCUCGGCUGGUCGUGCAGCUGAACGGCCCCCUGCGACUCCACUGCCAGAGUGACCGCGGCGCCGUGCAGUGGGUGCGAGAGGACCGGCCAGGGCGGAGGGUGCGGGGGGAGGAGAGGAAGGGUCAGAGCGCCACCGUCUACGUUUCUCGCGUCCUGAUAACCCACAUGGGGCCCUACGCCUGCCAGGAGGAGGCCACUGGGGAGACCAGGUCCAUCUACGUCUUUGUCAAAGCGUUGCUUUCGGCAGAUCCGGCCAACGCCUUCCGCAGGUCCAUGUUGUCCGCCGUGAUUGGGGCCGUCGGGGGCUCCGUCACCGUCCCGUGUCUCGCCACCGACCCUGGCGUCACGGACCUGCGCCUGGAGAUGUGUGGUGGUAGCCCGCUGCCCGACGGCAUGCGCUAUGAGGCCAGCCUGGAGCGUGGCGUCGUGGUAGACAAUGUGCAGCGGGGGUACGAAGGGUGCUACCGGUGCACGGGGAGACUGAACGGAGAGUAUGUCAAAUCAGGCGAUUAUCAACUGGAAAUCCGUCUAGCUCCAGACACGGUGCCGGUGGUGGAGCUGCGUGGGCCAGAGAAACUGCUCCUCACCCAGGGCCAGAGCCUCACGCUCAGCUGCAGCACCAGCAACGUCAACAGUGACAUCAGACUCCACUGGACAUGGCCCCCCGCCGCGCGCCCCUCCGAGGCGAAGACAUCGCACAUCCUGACGGAGCCCUUCAUUACUCACACGCGCAGCCGGACGUUACACAUCGCCGCGGUGAUGCCGGCCGACUCGGGGAGCUACCGCUGCGAGGCCCAGAACCAGAGGGGCACCAGCGCAAAGAGUGUGUGGCUGGACGUCUAUGGCAAAGGCUUCAUCACAGUGAACGGGACGAGCAACCGGACGGUGCGAGUGCGGGUCGGCGAGAACCUGUCGCUGAGAGUGCACAUCGAGGCCUACCCCAGACCACACCACAUCACCUGGAGGUACAUGGGCAAGACGCUGUGGAACACCUCGGAUCAUGCCAUCAUCAUACACAGCCAUGGAAACAGCUACAGGAGCGAGCUGAAACUUGUGCGGCUGAAGGUGUCAGAGAGCGGAGUGUACUCCUUUGAGGCCUCCCAUGGCGACGCAUCUGUCAAUGAAACAUUCACCGUCCACGUUAUAAGCAAGCCAGAGAUCGUGUCUCAUGAGGGCCCCGUGGAUGGACAGGUGCGCUGCGUGGCUGAGGGAUACCCUGCUCCUCAGAUCACAUGGUAUUACUGCGAUCAGCCUCAUGCCAGGUGCUCACAGCUGCUCAACGCCACCCAGGAGGAGGAGGACAUCGUCACGGUGACGCUGUCCAACCCGGCUUUCGGCAUCAGUGAGGUGGAGAGCCGUCUGAACAUCAGCAAGAACAACUUCCCCACGCUGGAGUGUGUGGCCACUGUGGAGGGCGAGCAGGUCUACACACUCUUCUCCAUUAGCGAGCGGACUGUUCCCCAUGAGCUCUUUACCCCUCUGCUGAUCGGCCUGGUGUCCUCUGCAGCAGUUCUCUGCCUCAUCCUGAUCGUGCUUUUCUACAAGUACAUGCAGAAGCCCAAAUUCCAGAUCCAGUGGAAAGUCAUCGAAGGUAUCCACGGCAACAACUAUGUCUACAUUGACCCCACCCAGCUACCAUAUGACCACCAGUGGGAGUUUCCUCGGGAGAAAUUACGCUUUGGUAAGACGCUGGGAUCCGGGGCUUUUGGGAAGGUGGUGGAGGCCACAGCCUACGGCAUGUGCAAAGCCGACUCGGUGAUGACAGUGGCCGUGAAGAUGCUGAAACCGAGUGCCCACGCCACAGAGAAGGAGGCUCUCAUGUCUGAGCUCAAAGUCCUCAGUUACCUGGGCAACCACAUCAACAUUGUCAAUCUGCUCGGCGCCUGUACCAUAGAGGGUCCCACUCUCGUGAUCACAGAGUACUGUUGCUUCGGUGACCUCUUGAACUUUCUGCGUAGAAAAAGAGACUCGUUUUUUUGGUCCAAGGAAGGGGAGGACAGUCACUAUAAAAACGUUCCAGUGCAGAACGAAGGUUCCAGUGAGCCCAGCAAUGGCUACAUGAUGAUGAGGCCCUCAGUGAUGGGUCCACUCUCACCCACUCACCCCACAAGGAAGACAAGAUCACUGCGCCAAGGUGGUUCUGGCUCUGACCAGCUGGAGCAGGAUGACUUCCACCCUCUGGACACCGAGGACCUGCUCAGCUUCUCCUACCAAGUAGCCAAGGGCAUGGACUUCCUAGCCUCCAAAAAUUGUAUUCACAGAGAUCUUGCCGCCAGAAACAUCCUCUUAACUGAAGGCAGAGUGGCCAAGAUCUGUGACUUUGGACUUGCACGAGACAUCACAACUGACUCCAACUAUGUUGUCAAGGGCAACGCCCGUCUCCCUGUCAAAUGGAUGUCUCCAGAAAGUAUCUUUGAUUGUGUUUACACGUUCGAGAGUGAUGUUUGGUCAUAUGGCAUCCUGCUGUGGGAGAUUUUCUCUCUGGGCAGAAGCCCAUACCCUGGCAUGCCUGUGGAUGCCAAGUUCUACAAAAUGAUCAAGGAAGGGUACAGGAUGGAUGCCCCUGAGUUUGCACCCAGCGAAAUGUAUGUGGUGAUGCGCUCGUGCUGGGACACGGACCCUUGCAGGAGGCCCUCCUUCAGGAAGCUGGUGGAGAAGGUGGAGCUGCAGCUCUCUGAUGCCACCAAACAUAUUUAUCUGAACUUCAAUUCACGGUAUCCCGCCACGAAGGUCGCUCGUGAAAACCAGCUCUCUCCGAUGUCCAGAGCCCGGGCCCUGAGACAGAGCCCCAUGGGCCACCACCCGCGCCGCCACAACCACCACCAGCACCAGCGCCAGCACCACCCACGCAGUCCCCCCUCGCAGCCCCUACUGCCUAGAAACCACACUGCGCUCCACGCGAGGGAGGCCGGAGCAAGACCACCACCUCAGGUGUGAGCUCUACAGGGGGGGGGGGGACACCUCCCACCCAGACUUUUUGAAUCCACCAGGCUGCCUUGGCCAGUGCCUCAGUAGCAGGACUCCAGCCCAGCGGACAGCACGCUCAGGCUUCAAGCCGCUGAUGCCACCCCCAUCUCGCUCCCUCCCUCCUUUCCUCCAGCGCACUGCUGGUGCUUCAUCCCAAACAAGGGAUUCAGGUUGGGGCUGAACCAGAAGAGGAAGAGAUGGGGGUGUGGGGGCCCUACUAACACCUCGGACGGAGCAAGUACUCCUCACCCUUUAUGGACAGAGAAACAGACUCAUGACGUCAUUCCGUGGCCCAAGUGAAUUAUGGGAAUUUUGGGGUGAUGAGACGAAUUUGAUGAAACGGGGGUAGAGAGGUCAGUUUCCAUCCUGGAGCCGUGUUGGCCCUUUUGUUGGUUCUGACUCAUGCUCUUGGCCUGCAUCCUAAAGCAGCAGCUCUUCACUCUCUGGGUUAUGGCCCAAAUGAACAGUGUGUAUUGUUGUUUUUGGUCUCUAGAAAAGACUGCGCCAGGAUCAGAGCUGCUGAUCAGCUUUGCUGGAGGAGUGCCGAUCAUGUUAAACAAACAGUACUGCCAAAAACUGCAGUGGAACAAUUGUAUCAACUGUCCCCGCUAGUGAUAGAUCAGACAGCUGUUGCUAAUUUACCUUGCAAAUCUCUCCCUGCCACCUUUCGUUAACCUUAAGUUAAUCAUCAGUUCGUUAUCACGGGGAGACUCAAUGAGGAACUCUCUCUCUCUCUCUGUUUCACACAGUUCUGCCUUUGUGUGCUCGUAGCAGGUUGUCAGUCUUCUGCAAAAAACAGACAGACGGCGGACUAGCCUGGCCAACCACUCUCCAUUUCCACAUUUCAAGGACAUUUACGAGCUGCGAGAUUCCUGAGUUGGCUCGUCAGCAUUCCUGAUUCUAUCCCAAAAAGAAAUCCUACUGUUCCUUAAUGUGUGUCAUUUCCUCUCGGUUGUUUGGUUCAAAUGUAGCAUUGCAUGUACUGUGUUCUCUUUCUCUAGUAUUCUAACAGUUACAAUUGUUAUUCCAGCAUCAGUAUUUUUUCUCCAGCUCAGUCCAGUUUAGUCCAGAUGUGACAGACUUCCAUUGUAGUUCAUGAGAGUCGGUUAGUAAGCACUUUGUUUGAGAGUCAUGUGACUGUGUGUUGACGGUACUGUGGUGGGUCGAUGUGUGUGCGUGUUAGUAUUGAGUGUGUGCAGUGUGAGUGUGUGUGUGGCCCUGUUGGGCGGGGAACCUUGGGCUUCUGCGGCAGCUUCAUGUCAGCAGCAGUUGCUCCAUUGUGGAUGUGCCCUCUCCCACCACGUGAAAAGAAGAAAAGAACAGAAGAAAUGUAAAGCUGAAAGAACAUGUACAUUUGUAUUUAUAUACAUACAUAUGCUAUAUAUUUACUUUUUAGUGUGUGUGUGUGUAUGGUGUUUUUUUCCAUGACAGUGUUAACCUACUGCAAAAGCUGGGGACCAGAGGCAUGUGGGCUGAUUAGCUGAUUAGGUAGUGCAGAGAAUCAGAAAGUCCUCUGUGCUUUAUAGGUUUCUGUGCAAUCAAACUUUUGAUCAGCUUUAUCAAAACGUUCAUCACUCAGGCAGGUGUGGUGCUACACCUUUUGCAAACAAUAGAAAAGAAGGUGCUUGAGCGCUGCGGCAACAAUAUUCUGUUUGUUGUUUCCAGGGCAACUUGAGUUCCAGCCAAUGUAACGACAUCCUCUAAACACUUCCAUUUCUAAAACUAACCAGAGCCAUUACAUGUCUGGAGCAGCCAAUGGGAAUUCAGCAGUUGUUUAUCUUUUAUUUUAAUAGUCAAUGAUAAGCUGUUUGAGUAUAAGAAUUGCCAAUUUCCAUCGACAGCGUCCAUGCUUUAGAGGAAUAGCCAGAGGUGAGGUUUGAAUUGGCCUAAACCUGCCAGUGGCGUGUAUUCUGCUGUGCAUGGCUGUUUCCAGUAAGAAGCUCUCAUCUAAAAAAGGAUUUGGCCAAAUAUGCAUGCACAUAUACAGACUUUUGCUAGAGGCUGGUAGUGCCCGCUGAGAGGCUGGCAGGUGUGGCAUCAGCACAGUGGGGGCUUCUGACUCAGCAGUCACCCGUAUUAUUCCACUAAUGGCAUUUGGACCACCGUGAUGCCAAGCCUUCCAGCUAGGACCCCCGGUCAGCCGGCCAGGCAGUCAGUCAAUGGUGAGUCUCCAGACAUCGCUCUGUCCUUUGUCCCUCUCUCUCGCUGUCUUUCUCUCUCUGUCUCACUCCAUCUCUCUUGGCCGCUGGUGCAGCUGCUUCCUCUGGCGGAAGUCUCGCUUCCAGUGUCCCCCAGUCGGUAAGAUCCGGCGCGCUCCCAAAUCCCCCUCCUUACAACUUCCGCCUUCCCACAGAGAGACAUUGUUCCGCAGGGCAUCUGGUAAAUGAACUGAUGUGCGUGUGUGUGUGUGUGUGUUUCUGUCUGUGUAUAGACCUCACAGGUGAACUUACGGUUGUGUGUGUGUUUAUUUCCACGAGGGCCAUUGCCUUGUUAUGCUCCAGAGAUUUGAUAAGCAUAGGUAUUGUACCAGGCUUUCCUGUGCAAACAAUCCCCAACCAAUGUGACUGCACUGUCUACUGCUACUGCCUAAACCAAUUCUUCUGCGUAUAUAAUUCUGAAUGUGACAUUCCUGAAGGUUGUUAUUAUAAAUAUGUUUAUAACUGUUCUACUGAUUUCAAUGUUAUUUUGAAAUAAUAUGGUACACUGAAUAAGUUAUGCUGUAUGGCCUGGGCUGUGUAGAUUAUCAUAUUAAUAAUAUUACAAUGUAAUCAUAUAAGUUGCGUCACAUAGGUUGCUGGCCCACGGCAUGCUCAUCGCCAAAGGUCUUAGUUCAACUGUUUUAAAGGAUGAGAAUUGAUUACCAUUAUAAAUAAUUCAUUUGAGGUAAAGAUAGCAAUCCCUCCAUCUGAGUCUCAGCUUUGGGCUCCAACAUACACAGGCUUCUUCAACUGCUACUGCAUGAGUCUGACUAAUGCUCUCAGUGUUCUUCAGUGCUCUUGGUUUGUGCUAGCAAUGACAAUGUAUUCACCGAUCAUACUCAUAUACUGUAUCUGUUAUGGCAUAAUACUGUAUUUUCUAAUAAGUCUCUAACCAUUGGAUAGCAAGACAAGUGGUAUUCUGUUUAUACUCAAGCCAAUGUUCAGGUUACUUAAUUAACCUCUUAACACAUAGCUAAUGCUUAAUCAGGAUAACAAUUCCAGUCAGCCCACAGACUUUCAGUCUUACUGUAAUUCCCUUCAGGAUUUUGCUUUGGAUUUGUGUAGCUGUUCUCAAUUGAGGCCAGAAGCUGGCUGUCAAAUCCAAAUCCAGACAAAAACAAAGUUCAGAUUGGUACCUUUGAUAGCAGAUUAGGAUUACAGAUGGAUGGAAUUUGAUUUGAUGACAAAUUAUGUUUUCCAUGUGUAUUGUAUAUUUAUUUAACUAUUUUUAUUUGACAAAAAUUGUGUGAAAUUGUGUAAUCUGUUAUCUUAUUUGUUGAUAAUUCUUCACUCUGUAAGUAAA